CAAUACUGAUGCAGCUCAGUCGAGAGGAGCGUCGAUUUUGCAAGGCAGACCCUGCGGGUCACAAAGGAACAUAAAGGAGUUCCUGUCACAUGGAAAGAACAGGUUAGCUACGUGUACCAGCUCUGAGCCGUUGGAUAAACUGAUGACAGGCUUGCUCUGAAGCUCUUCCAUCCUUGGAGACGUUUUAGUCGUGACUUCUUCUUACGCACAAGUCGCUGCAGGACCUUUCGUCUUGCAUAAAUAUCAUUUAGGCCACACGGGCCGUGGCCCAGCUGUCGGCCGCUGCGGGGGCGGGGGCCAGCAUUGCGCGCCGGGACGCCCUGGCGCUGUGUAAUUGAAUGGAGUUCCCGGCAACGUAGCAAGGCAUAGCAGGUGCCGCGGCCACUGCGCUGCAACUUGGAAGGAGCCUCACACGAAACACCAGCCUACAGCGGGGCGAUGCCGCGCGAGCUCGUGACCAUCCAGGUGGGCCAGUGCGGCAACCAGGUGGGCUGUCGCUUCUGGGAGCUGGCGCUUCGCGAGCAUGCAGCCUACAACACCAAGGGCGUGUACGACGAGGCGCUGAGCAGCUUCUUCCGCAAUGUGGACACGCGCGUGGAGCCACCGCGGAAUCUGCCGGUGGGCGAAGGCCGCGGCGCCAUCCGUACACUCAAGGCCCGGUCCGUCAUUGUGGACAUGGAGUGUGGCGUCAUCAAUGAGAUGCUCAAGGGCCCGCUGGGCGAGGUGCUGGACACGCGGCAGUUGGUGAGCGACGUGAGCGGCGCCGGCAACAACUGGGCGCACGGGCACCACGAGUACGGCCCGCGCUACCACGACGCCAUCCUGGACAAGAUACGACUCACCGCCGAGGACUGUGACUCGCUGCAGAGCUUCAUGGUGCUUCACUCGCUGGGCGGCGGCACGGGCAGUGGCGUGGGCACCUACAUUGUGCGCAUGCUGGCGGAUGAGUUCCCCGGCGUGUUCCGCUUCACGGGCAGCGUGUUUCCCUCCGAGGACGACGACGUGGUCACCUCGCCCUACAACGCCAUGCUGGCGCUGGGGCAGCUGGUGGAGCACGCCGACUGCGUGCUGCCCAUUGAGAACCAGGCGCUCAUCGACAUCGUCAACCGCACGGAGGCAGCGCGGGACCGGGCAGCGGCCGCCGACGCGGCCGCCUCCGCCGUCUCCGGCCUCAAAGGCAGCGGCGGCGGCAGCAAGCCCUUUGACUCCAUGAACGGCGUCGCCGCCAGCCUGCUGCUGCACCUGACGGCCAGCGUGCGCUUCGAGGGCCCGCUCAACGUGGACCUCAACGACAUCACCAUGAACCUGGUGCCCUACCCGCGCAUGCACUUCCUGCUCAGCAGCAUGAGCCCGCUGCAGCCGCCGCCCAAGGACAAGGACGUGGGCCGCGCCGCGGCGGCGCUGGCGCUGCAGCCGCGCACGCUGGACCAGGUAUUUGGCGACGUGUUCAGUCGGGAGCACCAGCUCAUCCGCGCCGACCCGCGGGCCGCCACCUACCUGGCGUGCGGCCUCAUCGCGCGCGGCCCCACCGCCACCAUGGCCGACAUCAACCGCAACGUGGCGCGCCUGAGACCGCAGCUCAAGAUGGUGCACUGGAACAGCGAGGGUUUCAAGCUGGGUAUCUGCAGCACGCCGCCCGUGGGCUGCCCCUUCGGUCUGCUGUGUCUGGCCAACAACACAGCCAUCGCACAUACCUUCACGACCAUGAGGGAGCGGUUCGACAAGCUGUACAAGCGCAGGUUCUACACGCACCACUACGAGCAGUACAUGGAUCCGGGCGGCUUCACCUCGGCCAUGGAGGUGGUGGGCGACCUCACGGCGCAGUACCGAGCCCUGGAAGGAGCCACACAGGCGCCGCCGCUCACACGCCUGCGGCCGCGAGGGUUGUCCUUCCUGCCGUGAUGCGCGCGGCCAUGCGGAGAGGCGCGUGUGGAUACUGCGUGAGGUAAAAGUGUAGCGCGUGAGGCGCCUUCGGUGACUCUCCGGAUCCCGGCUCAGCGACGCCGUGAGCCACAGUGCAUUGUGAGGUGGGCGGCUGCUGGGCGCGGGGAUGUUGAUUGGUGGUGGGCGGGCAGGGGUGGAAGGGGCGUUGUCGCGACCCGGGCAGGCUCCUGAUGGCGGGGCUGCAAGGACCAUGGAGCAGUGUACGUACUAUGUACGCUGGACGCGGCAGAGGGGCCGGGGUGAGGACACGGUGGCGGGCCCAGGUUCUGUGCAUGGCAGUGGAGGUGGUUGGGGCGUGGAGACCUGGAGUAGUAAGGAAUAAGGAACGAGAACCGCUUGGUUGUGGCGGCGGGUGAACGCAUGAUGAGUCCUGUCAAGCCCAGCAGUCUAGCCCGAGGGGUAGGGUUGCAUCACUUGCAUGGUCAAAGUCGCAACCGGCGCGCUGUCGGGCACCCCAGACAGGGCAGCGUGCUUGGGCGCAUACUGUAUCCCGCACAUGUCAACACACUGUAAGAUACGAAUGUC